GUAAGUUCUGGAAAAAAUUAUAAAACAGAAGAAAAAAAACAAAAUAAAGACGUUAGCCACCGCCGGCACUGCUAUGAAUAACACCACUUAACAAGAACAAACAUACAAAAUCCAACAACGGUUUUCAUACCUCACCACCGCUUAAGCCGCCGCCGCCACCACCGCCAACGACGGAAUGGGUGGUACAGAACCUGUAAGAGAAGCAAACGAGCUGGAGGAGGAGAAUGAAAGGAGAGAGGAAGAGGAUAAAGGAGAUGAAGAGGAAGAAGUAGAAGGGGAAUAUGAAGGAAAUGAGGAGGGAGAGAGAGAUGUGGAGAAAGGAGAGGUGGGUGUUAAAGAAAAGGUGAUGGAGAGAAAUAAUGUUAAUGAUGAAGGCCAGAGAAAUUUUCGUGUGUCAACGUUGCAAAGAUUAAACCCAUCAAACCCUUUGAGAAUUGCAUUCAAUAAUUCUACUAGAGUUGCUAUUCCUCCUCCUUCCCAGACUUCUCUGCCUCGCUCUGCACCAGCCCCACAACCAUCAAUAACAACACUCAAUUCAAGAAGGUAUACCAACAGAAUAUUUCUGUUUCUGUUUGUGCUGCACAUGGUUCUGGCUUUUGGGCUAGUAUGUUUUCUUGUAUUCAAGGGAAUUCAGGGACUUGUGGUAGCAUCAGAUACUGUUAAAAGAAAAGAGAAGAGGAUAUUGAAGUAUUUCCUCCCUCAAGCUGAAGUUGCAUCUUUAUUGAGCAUUACUCUUGCUUUGGUAUGGCAAAAAGCAGUUAGGGUAUGGCCUGGAUUCAUGAUUCAUUUCAUAUUAUGGGGCUCUUUCUUUAUGUCACUGUCAGCUGGAAUUCUCUUAAUUUGUUUCCAGACGGCUCCCACUGAUGGUGUUGGAGUUUGUUUUGUUGCCUUUGCAAUUGGUAAUGGCUUAUAUGCUUGUUGGGUAAAUCAAAGAAUCAAGUUUAGUACUAAAAUCUUGAUUAAAUCGCUUGAACCUGUUCCAAAAUUUGGUGAUUUGAAUCAACCUACUUAUUGGAUGCUUGGAAUUGGGUUCCUGUGGAUGUCUCUGUGGAUUUUAGCUGUCAUUGGAGCUUUAAAUUUCCACUUUGCACCCUUGACAAUCAUUGCAUUGGUAUUGAGCUUGGCUUGGACUACAGAGGUUAUGAGGAAUGUGGUUAAUUUGACCGUUAGCAGGGUAAUCUCUCUGUAUUAUCUCAGAGGGAUGCAAGCAAAUACUAAAUUUUGCUUCCAAAGAGCUGUAACUCGGAAUCUUGGAAGUGCUUGUCUGGGAUCUCUAUUUGUGCCAGCAAUUGAAGCACUGAGAAUCGUUGCUCGGGGUCUGAAUUUGCUCGAGGGAGAGGAUGAAUUCAUGUUUUCUUGUGCUCAUUGCUGUCUUGGAGUCAUGGAGUGCAUCUUCAGAUAUGGCAAUGGCUGGGCCUUCGCGCAGAUAGCUGCAUAUGGAAAAGGUUUUGUACAGGCAUCACAAGACACUUGGGCUCUCUUUCAGAGGCAAGAUAUGGUAACCCUUGUUGACUCUGACAUUACCAGCUCAAUUUGUUUCCUUACUGGAGUUUGCAGUGCAUCCAUUUGCGUCAUUGUUGUAGCUGCUUGGACUGCUGAAGUGCAUAAGCCCUUCACAGCUUCCAUCUCCCUUCUGGCAUUCUUUAUUGGAUACCUCAUGACUAGAAUUGCUAUGGCACUGCCACAUGCUUGUGUGAGCUGCUACUACGUUUGCUAUGCAGAAAAUCCCGAGAACAGAUUGUUUGAUAAAACCAUCAAAGAUCGCCAGAACUUGUUGAAAUCUGGCCGCGAUGUGGUCGUUCCUACUCCUCGGGCCCCCCAUCGACUUAGCUCAUAAACUAAGGCGAGAUUUUUCCAGGAAAAUUACAGAAGCUAUGCGAGGUCACAGAUUGAACAUACAGUAAAAAAUGUAGCAUUGCUAUGGUCACUUUCAAUGAGGGGUCCAAGGACUCUAAAUUCAAGCCAAUCAAGCUAGAGGUAAAUUUAUCCUUUAAUGGUUAAGUUGGUGAUGGAAGAUGGAAUUCGAAUGUAAAAACUCAGCGAUUAUCGGAUGAUCUUGAUUUGGGUAGGAAUUUUAUGGAGAACACAGUGGGAUUCCAAACAAGAAAGCAAAGGUAUUAGGUGCAGAGAUAGGAAAAUUUAGGUUCCAUCUUUGAAAAAAAUAUUAUUAAGAGAAACAGUCUUGGAUUCUAAAAAGAUUAUACCGAAUAUAUCUGAAUAAAUCCAGAAAAGCUCAUUGGCUUCACCGUUAUUUUAUUAACUUUCAUCAUUGUUUAAUUUAGUUUUGGUAUCCCUUUUGCAAUCUUUGCAGCUUGUAAGUAUCUCCAUGAGUAGUGUAUCAUAAUUGAUACUUUCUUACUUAUCUUAUUUAAGGAAUUAAAAUAUGGGUUUGGCUUUACUAAAAUAAUAGGGUUAAGAUAGGCUUGAUGUUAGGUUUGCCUUGAUUAAAACAAAAUGUAAGGACAAUUAAAGAGCUGGCCUUUUGA